UCCUCUUCUUCUUCCAUGGACUGAGAGAGUGCCCAAGGCCGAGGUUGAGAGAGAGAGAGAGAGAGAGAGAGUUUCGCUUACACUCUCUUCUGAGAUUACCUGUCUCUUUUUUUCCUUUUGCUUUUUUCACAAAACCCUUAAUUUUCAUAGCUUUCUCUCCAUAUUUUCCAUUACUUUCUUACCAGCCAAGCAUGGACUUAGCAACAAAAUUCCAAUUCAUGGACCUCCGCUCAACGUUCCUCACUGGUUCAGCGCCUUUUCUCCGACAACGCCUCCGCCCAAUUUCAUCCCCAAUAGCCACUCACUCUUUCACAGGUUCCAAUCAUUCAAUAAAAAACACUACUUUCUUUAUCUCUAGAAAACCAAUAAACCCUAGAAUUUCAGCUAAAUUGUCAGCGAUCGCUGUUGAAACAUCGGUCGCUGAGACCAGUGUUGAAGACGAUAUUGAAUCUCUGUUUUCGAACAAUUCUGUGGAUGAAGUUGAUCACAAACGUGUAAAUAAGCAAUCUAAUAGUGGCGCAUCGAGUAUUUCGUCUGGUGUUAGGUUAGAGAAUGUGAGUAAGAGCUACAAGGGCGUGACUGUAUUGAAAGAUGUGAGUUGGGAAGUGAAGAAAGGCGAGAAAGUGGGUUUGGUGGGUGUUAAUGGUGCCGGGAAGACCACCCAGUUGAGAAUUAUUUCCGGGCUAGAGGAACCCGAUUCAGGGAAUGUAAUCAAGGCCAAACACAAUAUGAAAAUUGCUUUUUUGAGUCAAGAAUUCGAGGUUUCAUUGAGUAAAACUGUAAAGGAAGAGCUACUGAGUGCGUUUAAGGAGGAGAUGGAGAUUGUGGGGAGGUUGGAGAAGGUACAGAAGGCAAUUGAAGGUUCAGUGGAUGAUUUGGAGUUGAUGGGGAGGCUCUUGGACGAGUUUGAUUUGCUUCAGAGGCGGGGACAGGCAGUGGAUUUGGAUCAGGUGGAUAUGAAGAUUAGUAAGUUGAUGCCGGAACUUGGGUUUGCUGUGGAGGAUUCAGAUAGGUUGGUGGCUUCAUUUAGUGGUGGGUGGCAGAUGAGGAUGUCCCUUGGGAAGAUUCUACUCCAGGACCCAGAUUUGUUACUAUUGGAUGAGCCCACUAAUCAUCUUGAUCUUGACACAAUUGAGUGGCUGGAAGGAUAUCUUAAUAAGCAAGAUGUGCCCAUGGUCAUCAUAUCUCAUGACAGGGCUUUCCUUGACCAGCUCUGUACAAAAAUUGUGGAAACUGACAUGGGUGUAUCCAGGACAUAUGUGGGCAAUUACUCCGAGUAUGUUCUUGCAAAGGCAGCCUGGAUUGAAGCUCAGUAUGCAGCAUGGGAAAAGCACCAAAAGGAAAUUGAGCACACAAAGGACUUAAUAAACAGAUUAAGUGCAGGAGCAAAUGCUGGCCGUGCAUCUACUGCUGAAAAGAAACUUGAAAAACUUCAGGAAGAGGAACAAAUUGAUAAGCCCUUUAUACGGAAACAAAUGAAAAUCAGAUUCCCUGAGCGUGGAAGAAGCGGAAGAUCUGUUGUAACAAUUAAGAAUCUGGAAUUUGGAUAUGGGGAUAAGGUGUUGUUUAAGAAGGCUAAUAUUACAAUUGAAAAAGGUGAGAAAAUUGCUAUUAUUGGCCCAAAUGGUUGUGGAAAGAGUACUUUGCUUAAACUUAUUAUGGGUUUAGAGAAGCCAAGUCAAGGUGAAGUUCUGCUUGGGGAACAUAAUGUUCUGCCAAAUUAUUUUGAGCAGAAUCAGGCUGAAGCACUUGAUUUGAAUAAAACAGUGCUUGAGACUGUAGCGGAAGUUGCGGAUGACUGGAGAAUUGAUGAUAUAAAGGGACUCCUUGGGCGUUGUAAUUUCAAAGCUGAUAUGCUUGAUAGGAAGGUCUCCCUCUUGAGUGGUGGUGAGAAGGCACGUCUUGCCUUUUGCAAGUUCAUGGUAAAACCAUCAACUUUGCUAGUUUUGGAUGAACCGACCAAUCACUUGGAUAUACCUUCGAAAGAGAUGCUUGAGGAGGCAAUAACAGAGUACAAGGGCACUGUCAUUACUGUUUCUCAUGAUCGAUACUUUAUAAAACAAAUAGUUAAUCGGGUAUUGGAAGUCAAGGAUGGAAGUUUACAAGAUUAUGCUGGUGAUUACAAUUAUUAUCUAGAGAAGAACAUUGAAGCAAGGGAGAGAGAGCUUGAACGUGAGGCAGAUGUUGACGAGAAGUCCCCUAAAGCAAAAGCCAAAUCAAAAAUGUCAAAGGCUGAGAGGGAUGCUCGGAAGAAACAAAAGAUGCAGGCAUUUCAAAAUGCAAAAGCAAAAUCAAAAGGGUUGAAGAAUGCUAAACGAUGGAAAUGAGGUUGAAGCUUUCGGCUAUUUUUGUGCUGAAGAACCUGUGUAUCUUUUAGAUAGUUUUACCUUGUUAAAAGCCCGAAUGGGAUCGUAAGGUGUCUUAUUUUGAACCACCUUGGCUGUGUGUGUAUAUAUAACAUGAAUUGAAAUAGUUUACUUGAUUACAUUACAUUUAAAUGGGAAACAUGCAAUGGA